CCAGACAGCAUUCCCUGGCGCACGAGAGACGGUCACACCGAUGAAAAGCCAACUCAGCUGAAAGUGAACCCAUUUUUAUACACAAAAAAUAAGUAGCUGCAGCGGAAUAAGUUUAUUUCACCUGUCCACUGAGCCCCAAGACAAUGCAAAAUGCGGCUGGCCAACGAGAAAGCGAAAAUGCAGCCCCUGCUGAGUGACUUGGCCCUGUUGCUGGGCCUGGCGAUCUGCUGUCUUCCAACUUUGACGUGGGCCGCGUCUCUCUCCGACAAACGACUGUGCGCCGACCCGAAAUGUGAACAAAUCAUUUCGACGGGCAUUGCCAAAAUCAGCUACGCCAGCGGCGGCGAGGGGCAGAUAUCCUUCAAGAUCAAUUCCCCCAUCCGCGUCCUGUCCAAAAGUGCCGGCUCCAACAUGCAGCUGUGGGGCGUCGAUAUCAACGGGCGUCGGGGCUACGCCAACAAGGACUUUAUCAUGGAAAAGAAGAUCCUGGUGCGAGACAAGGACCUGAAGUUUGAGGUGCCUGUAGUAGGACCUGGCAGUCCCGUUGCGUCCGUGAAGGAGCCACUGCAGCCCGUUCUCAACGCCUCUGAGUCAGCCGACGACUUGGCCACGACCACGACGUCACCGCUUGAGGUUAACGUGGACUCAAUAGUGGUGGAGCAGAACCAGCUUAAGGAUCAGCAGGUUCCUGAUCCCACGGCGGCUUCCAAAGCCCAGGUGCAGCUCGUGGAAGGUACGGAGCUGCCGCUGGAGGCGAUUUCAGCUGUCAACGACAGCACUAUAUUGCCUGAAAAGACAGAAAAGACAGAGAAGCCCCAUCAAGCAUUGAAACUUGAAUCCGCCUCUGCAAUCGUUGACACGAAAGAGCCGCAGGCGUCCCCUUCAGAGUCCAGUCAGCUGCCUGCCACUGGAGCUCAGGAGCCGACUCUACUGCCGCAGGCCAUCAACGCUGAACUUGAAGACACUGAGGAUUUCGAUUACGGGGAUGACGAGGCAGACGACGACGACGACAAAGACGAAGACGAAGACGACUUCAAACAAUCUGGUGAAGAUAACGAACCGAAAGCAAACGAUAACAAGUCAAUUACGGGAUCGAUUGAACUGAACCCGAAUUCGGUUGACAAAUCGAACACAACUGAUAUCUUGGAGGAACAAAAGGCGGAAGUGGAGAUUCCAAAGCUAGAAGACGAUAAACUCGUUGUUCCAGCCACUCCUGAGAGCCUUGUUUUGAAAAACGAGGUGAUUACAGAAAAACCAACGGAGGUAACGGAAACUCCCAAGAAUGAGCCGGAAGCUGUUGUGGGAUCAAAGCCAUUAGAUGCUCUGCCAGCCGAGGUUGUCACUGAAGAGGUGCCUGAUGUACCGCAUCCGGUUGUUAAAGAUGAAGUCAAAGAAAAAACAGUUCAGCUUUCUGCAGAAAUUCAAUCUGAGCCUGAAAAAGAAAACACCACUGAACCUCUUGCUCAAUCCGAAGAGGAAAUCAAUAGUAAACCUGAAUCAGUGACCAGCCUACCUGCUCCUGUCACCAAAGAUGCUCCAUUGAAUGCGAAACCAAUUGGCCUGCCGCCUCUUUUUGAAACGAAAAACUUUGAGAACCCCAAUGAUUACUAUAAGCAGAUGCAGGAGCAGCAGAGAAUAAUUGUGGAAGCAGAGCGUCAGAAAAGGUUGCAAGCUGAAGUGGAGCAACAGAAGAUAAUAAAUGAGCAAGCGGAGCAGGAGAAGAGGUUACUCGAGGAAGCGGAACUGCAGAAGAGGUUAGAUGAAGAAGCGGAGCAGCAGAAGAAAUUGCAUGAGGAAGCACAGCAGACACUGCAGGUCCAAGAUGCAGACCAGCAGCUCAAUGAUUCUGAUUCUGUGGAUACACAAUCCAAUGAAGUCGUUGAUAAUGAUAAUGACUACUACAAGCAGCAGCAGCCAGAUCAGCAUCACCACCAUCAUUACCCAACGAGUGCAGAGCAAACUACCCCAACUCCUGACGCUGAUUCCCCGUACGGCGCAGUUCACGAGGAGACCACACAAGCAGCGUACCUUGACCCGCUGCGUGUGGGAGUUGGUUCCGUGGAGCCAGUGGCUCUGCCCGCGACUGCUAGUCCCGUGUCGGAGGCUCCCAUUAAGGAGAAUGGCUUGGGCCUUGGUCUUUUCGCCACCAUUGUCGGCACCGUAAACAAUUUUAUCGGGAAGGAGCCACAGACGGGUCCACUAGAAAACAGUGAUGAACUGCAGAGAAUUCUCUAUCCAGGCAAGGCUGAGGUGGCAUCCUCUCAAAAGGAAACCGAAGGCGCUGCUCCUGCCGAUGUCGAUGGUUAUUGUGCCCGUUUUCAAACCCGGGAUGAGCACUGCCGUCCCUCCAUAUCCCUGGAUAAUUUUGUCGAAGUGAUGGCCGGCAAGCUGGUGGAGCACAGUCAGCUUUUGCUGUGUGUGCUAAUUGCGGCAGCGUCGUCCCUGUUCUUCGUCUUCGCCUACUACUGUUUCUGCAACAGCAGCCAGGAGGGAGCACUUCUCUCCAAACUAAAUCACUUGGAGCGCAGUUUGCUGGCCUCCCACAAGGAAAACCUGAUUAUCAAGCACGACCUGACGACCACACGGACCAAGUUGGCCAGCAUUGAGGACAACUCCUUUGGCUCCAACGACAUGGUGGCUGACCUUAAGAAGCAGUUGGAAUCUGAGCUUUACGAGAAGGCCAAGCUGCAGGAGCAGGUGGGCUCGCUAGAAAGGGAUCUGGACAAUGCGGCCGAGGCUGGAUUGGAACUGAACAAAAUGUUGUCGGAAGUGCUAAGCAGCCAGAACGGCGAUGAGGCCUUUAUGAGCACCGUCGACGAACUGCAGCGGCAGCUCAACGACCAAGAGAAGAUCAUCCUCGAGAUCAACUCGAGUCUGGCGGAAAAGAGUCGCGAGAACAGCGAACUGCAGUAUGCAUUCACGGAGGCCACGGCCCGUCUUACCAGCGAUCUGAAGGCCCUACAAGAGGACAACUACGAGUUGGAGAUGGAGAAGUCUAAGCUGCAAACUCGCCUCGAGGAAAUCCAGGCCAACACGGAAUUGGAGUUGGCCAAGGCGCUGGAGGCACGCAAUUACGAAAUGCAGAGGCUGCAGAACCAAAUCCUCGACCUGACCGCCAAGUGGGACCGGGAACACGGCGAUCUGCAGACGAGUCUGGCCAAAAUUGAAGCCCUCGAAGACUGUCUCAAGGCAGUCAAGAAGGACGCCAACUUCAAUGUCCAGGAACUGAUCACCUCAGCCAAGACGCGCGGCGAACUGAGCGCAACCCAUAAGAAGUUCGUCGAGCUGCAGGCGAAGGUGGAGCAGGAGGUGGCGCACAAGCAGCGCCUGGAAAUCCAGCUGCAGCAGUCAAGCGCAGAUGUGGAGCAGCUGAAGCAGGACUUCAACCAAUCAGAGCGCGACAAGCUGGAAGCCCAGACGCGACUCGAGGUCCUGUCUGGGUACUUCCGCGAGAAGGAGAACGAACUUAAGAAAGAACUCAGCAUGCAGGAGACCAAAUGGCUGCAACAUCAGGGCGAGAACGCCAGCACAGUGGAGACUCAAACGCUGAUGAAGAACGAAAUCCAAACUCUCAAAUCUCAAAACGACGAGCUGCGUGCCGAGAUCGAGGCCCAAAUAGCCUCGCACAAGGCCCAGAUGGGCACACUUGAGAACCGCGCCCACGAGUCCUGGCUGGCGGCGCGCCAGUCGGAACGCCGAUGCGAGGAGGCGCUGGCCGAGGCCGCCGGCCUGAGGCGCAAGCUGACCACCAUGGCCAGCGGAGGAGUCGGAGAUGCAGCCGUCAUGGAGGCCAUCGCCUCCAACGGAGCGCCUGUGCUGGGGGCGGAACUGAAAACGGCUCCAUCGCCGCUUCCCUUGCCGGGCUCGCCACUGCUGAACAUGCCAAAUCCACUGCCAUUCCUGGCGGCGCCCUUCUCUCCGUUCAUGGGCCUUCCGCCGCCAUUCCUGCCCCCAACUGGAGCGGGUGGGGCACGCCCUCCGCCCCUGGGGCGCAUGCGCUCGCCACCGCCUUCGAGCCGCAGCGAUGGAGCGGGACGGGAACGGGAGCGGGACCGGGACCGGUACUCGGACUACAGCGACUACGAUGACUACGACGACGAUGAGGAGGACAUGCACCGCCGUCGAAGACACAGCGGCAGCUGGGGCCGGCGUCAUCCGGACUCUUACAACCACUCGCCGCGCACAUAUCGCUCGCUGUCCCCGUCGGACAGUCGCUACAACUACAACGACACGGAGACGGACUUUAGUCCGCCCCCCAGUCCACCGCCCGCUUCCUCGGGGCGGAGCGCGGCAUCACGACCCUACAGCGAGGUGUGAGGGAGAGCGUGUUUUCGUGUAACCAAGUCCUACCAAGUAUAUUAGACUCAAAACUAGUUCAAAUAUAUUUAUUAAUCAACGACUAUCGAACGGUCGGGUCGGCCUCUCUAACCGAUUCCACUUACGGGCAUCUCAGGAGAAACAAUCAACAUCAAAAACAAGCAUAACUCCUGACUCAAUGGUGAAUGAUAACCAAGAAAUUCAACAAAAUUAAACUCAGACAAAAACCCAAAAA